CAGUGUCCCGACGGCCCCCGUCAUCCAUUCAGCUUGUGUGAUGGUGUAACACCCUCACGGGCAGUCGCUUGAGAGGCCUGUCUCCGGCCGGCGGGCAGGGCACCGGAGCAGGUUUAAAAUAACAAAUGUUCGCGAACGAAUCAAAGGGGGUGGAGGGGAAUGUUUUAAUAUUUGAAAAUAAAUUAAAUGAAAUUAAUUUGGACCUGAGGAAAAUCGAGAACUGAGCAACUAUUGCAGUGGGCUAACAAAGGCAGAUAAAUGGGAUUACGGUGAAUAAAGUCAACAGCCACAAUCUCAUGGAACAACAUGACGGUUCAAGGAAACGAGUGGUCGACUACGGUGGGAGGGGUAUAUGUAAUGAUUACCAAAAAGAUAAGUGAGCUGAUUGAUAUGAUGGCAUCAACCACAGAGGAUUUGAAUGCAGAGAACCAAUUUUCUCCAGAACCUGAAACCAGCAAAAUUCAGCAUGGAAUGCGGGGCGACGUAUCGCCUGAUGCAAAAUGUCCAAUCUGUCUGGACAGAUUUGACAACAUGUCUUACAUCGAUCGUUGCUUCCACAAAUUUUGCUUUCGUUGCAUUCAGGAAUGGUCCCGUAACAAAGCAGAAUGCCCACUGUGUAAGCAGCCUUUCAACUCCAUUUUCCACAGUGUACGAACUGAAAAUGAUUUCCAAGAGUAUGUCCUGAAGGCAACGGAGAAUGGCUCAUUUGGCAGUCCAGGUGGCCAGAGAUUUAGAUAUCGCACAACCUUAACCAGGGAGCGCCGUAUGGCUCACCAGCCUCGGAGCUCUCCGGUUAUUUCGCAGUUGCCUGACAAUGGAGUGGUGUUUGAGGGACUGGGUCGACAGCCCCGGGCACAACAGAGCCGCAACUUGCGUCGCAUGAUGAGUCGGCUGAGGGCCCGGAGGAGGGCACAGUCCCAAGGUGUGUCCGCUCGGCAAAUCCAAGAACAAGAGAUGGUCAACUUCCGGCGCGAAUUAUACCGGUCGGGGGUGCGGGUCAGGAAUGUGCAGGAUGGCGGCCGCUACCGUGAUGUCUCUGCUGACUUCUUCCGCCGUAAUGCUGCUUGCCUCCAUCGCCUGAUGCCGUGGCUGAAGAGGGAGCUCUGUGUCUUGUUUGGCUCUCACGGCUCAAUUGUCAACAUUGUGCAACACGUCAUCAUGUCCAACAUUGUCCGGUACGAUAUGGAGGGUGAGGCAUUCCAAGAAGAAUUGAGACCGUUCCUGCUUAACCGCACUGACCACUUUUUGCAUGAGUUUAUCAGUUUCGCCAGAGCUCCAUUUAACAUGGAAUCGUAUGACCAGAGGGCCAACUAUGACUGUCCAGCCCCAUCCUAUGAGGAAGAAAGUGACUCAGAUUUGUCUGUAAUUGCAAUUUCACCUGAUGCUGCUGAUCCUCUGCAAACAGACAGACCAACACCUAAUCCCUCAGAUCUGGCUCUUAGCCUAAGUCAGUCAACGUGGGAUGAUGAAACACCUGGCCCUUCCUACUCAGUCACACAGACCUUAGAGGCUGGGAAUUCCUCACCUGAGGAAGCCUCUGAUUCUGAAGAGGCUGCAAUGCAGCCCGAGUCAAUGUUGCCUGUGGUGCCAAUAAAGGCUGAUCCUGGUACAAAGGAAGACAGUUCGACUCGCUCGGGAGAUGAUUGCUUAAUUGUGGGUUACGUGAAGCCUUUGGCUGAAAGGACCCCUGAGCUUAUUGAACUGAGUUCAGACUCUGAGGUGUCCAUACAUGAAACGAGCACAGAAGUUGCUGCGCAGCCUGUGCACACACAUUUCCACAGCAGCAGCACCAGCAGUUGCUGCUUGUCAACCAGGUCGUCCUCAACCAGAUCCUCUAUCUCCAGGGACCGGUGGAAAAGAAAGAAGUCAAAACGGAAGAAGAGGAAUAAAUCGAAAAGGGAGAAGCAUCGCAAAAAGACUUCCCAUUCCGGAGGCAGCACCUCAUCUUCAGGCAGACACAAAGCAAGGGCAUCAAGUAGAGUCAGAAGCAGUUCCAAGGAUCGAUCCAAGUUUCGAUCACAAAGCAGAGACAAGCAUGAUCCUCGGAGACACCAACGAUCAGAUAGCGUAGACAGAACUAUGGUGGCUUACUCUUACUGCAGAAGCGAGCAUCAAAUCAAGGACAGGAGCCAAAGGUCUAACAGAGAUCAAUAUUAUUUAGAGGAUAGAAGCAGGUCAGCCAGUCAAGAAACCUGCACCUAUCAAACAUGGAGCAGAAAGAGGUCUAGGAACCGAGAGAGAGCGUCAUCUACGAGAAGUCGCACAAGGUCACAGAACAGUGACGUCGUGGUUUACCGGCACCGACCUAGAUCACGCUCUUGGAGCAGAAGCUAUGCAUCAGUGAGGGACAGAAGAAGAUCCAGAAGUAGAGACAGGACAUGCAGAUAUAUGAGGGAAUAUCAGGAGAGAGACAGGGGCUUCUCAUACCAGUGGGAAAGAUAUAGUUACCACAGUAGAACACACAAAGGUCAUGAUUCCAUAACCAGAAAUAGAACUCGCUAUAGAAGAACGUCACCUUGUUCGGAUUAUAGAAUUCGAUCUAGUUCUGAAAGUACAAGUUUCAGAAGCCCAAGUAGUCACAGGGAAGAUGUCUAUUAUCAGUACAGAAAUUAUCGUUCAAGAAGUCCAUCGAGUUCCCGGUCUAGAACUACCUCAGGGCGAACUGAUAGAUCAAGACAAGAAAAACCAGGAGGCAAAAGAAAAUAUAAGUCUCAUUAUUUGGAAAGUUCAUCCAACAAGGAUGACAGAAAUGAGAAUUUACAGAUUGCUAAGAUAUCGUCAGAGAUUCACACUCUGCCUAGAAGGGAGGGCAGCUCUCCCAGGCCUCAUUCACAAUGCAGUAGCUACUCAAAAAGUGGCUCAUUGGUGGCUGAGAGCACCAUAAGCAGUGAACCCAAGAUGAAAAAGCGCAGAGAGAAGCGGAAGAGUUCCAGUGUGGAAAUAGUGUACGAGGGAAAGGCAACGGAGGCAAGCAGGCGACAUAAGCGAAAAAAGAAACACAAGAAACAGAGGAAGGAGAAAAGCAGCGAAAGGACAGAUCACACAAAUCAUUCACCACUUGUCAUAACUAUUGAAAGUGAUAGUGAUGAGGUGGUUGUUGCAGAUGUGGACAGUGACAACAGCACUGUGAACAAAACCACCAAUCUUCUUAAUAAUAGUAGUUUUGAUCUUGGUGAACAACACCUCACAGGGACUCAAAUUGCCCAGGAUCUUCCCAGUGCCACCGAUGAUAUUUUAUUCGGAAAUACCAGCACAGAGUCCUUGGAUGUGUGUGGGCUUCCCACUGAUUCUGAUCUUGUUCCUCCACAUUCAAGCAGACAGACUUGUCUUAAACAAGAAGGUGUAAAUCCAGUAAAUGAUGCAGGUGAUUAUCAGAACUUUAAGGGGCAUGAGCAAGAUAAUGGACGGCGUUGUCCUUCACCAAGGACAACUCUUUCUAAAAGCACUUCAGACAGACCACCUUUGAUACUGAAAAUUCCAAAGAGGUUCUUUAAUGGCACCAAUCUGUUUAACAGUUCAAUGGAAAAUGCAUAGAAAUGGUUUCCUGAGACAAGUAGUUUGAAUUUGGAAAUUUCUCCUCCUACCCACCCUCCACUUCCACUCCAGGCAAAUUUAUUAGGUUGAUAAUGUAGCAACAAGCAGAUUACUAAAUGUGUAGUCAUCAGGCUAGCAUCAGAUGUACAGAUUUGCUUAAAAAAAUAAAGGAUUCCUGCGACAUUACUGUUAAUACUGAACUAAUAGGUUUUGCGUGCAGAUACUGCUAUGCUGUGACCGGGAAGAUGUAUGGUGCACCUGCACAUCGGGACUUUUAUAGCUUUUGCAUUUUAAGGUUAGACUAUUGCUGUGUGAAGUUGUGAGAAGUUAUGUGGAUUAAUUUAUAUAAGUGUUGUCUUUUCAUCAUGAUUUUAUCAUUGCCAAAAGUAGAUCACAUAAGUUAGCCCUUAGUAAUCAUACAGUUUGCAGGCAGGAGUUUUCAGAGAGGUUAAUGGCACAUGCACUUCUGUAAAUAAUCAUACUUGAAUGUUCUAAAAGAGUUGCCAAAUAAAUAGAACAAUCAAAUUGGCAAUAAAGCUUUUUUUAAAAUCAUAUUGCAAGAAUAGUUUUUACAUUUUCUGGUGGAAUUUCUGCAGACCAUAUUGAGAGAUACUUUGAAGAGAUGUGGAAACUCCAUUGCCAGCUGUAUCUAUUGGAUCAUUGACCAGUUCUGAAGUCCCAAGCUUCAAAAAGGCUUCACCAGCAGUAACAAAUCAACAGGGUAACAGUUUAGUUCUGUAUCCUAACAAGCAGGUUUCUGGUGUUCUUCACAGAAUGGCUGCAGCAUGGAAGGCGAAUAUAUGGCCCAUUGAGGCCAUACUCUUUUAAUCUUAUGAGGAGUGCACCUGGACCUUUUUCCCUGCCAUUUUCCUGUAGCUCUGAAAAUUCUUUCCUUUUAGAUACUUAUGUUGUCUUCUGAAUUCUGCAGUUAAAAACUGUCUUCAACAGCUCUCUUGACAGUGCAUUCCAGAUUCUGACCAAUUACUCUCCAUGAAAAAUAAUCAUCUUCAUGUCACAUUUGGUUCUUUUGCAAAUCAAUUUGUUCUGUGACCUGUGGUUUUUGAUGCCUCUGCCAAUGGGCAGCUCCUCUUUACCCAAUCUGUCUCUGUCCCUCAUGAUUUAAAUCCCCUUUUAAGAUCCCUCUCUUCUUUUCCAAGGAGAACAUCCCUAUCCUUUCCAGACAAUCUGCAUAAUUAAUAUCCUUCAAACAAGGAAUAAUUUUGAUAAAUCUUUUCUGUACCUUCUCCAAAGCCUUCACAUCUUUUUUAAAGUGUGGUUUUCUGACUGGACCCAACAAGAUGUUGUAGCUUUCUGUUGCCCUGCUUAAGACUUUCAGAAAACAAGAAAAAUGAUGGUAGUACAUUGAUUCUGAAUUAAGGAAUAUAAUUAAUUAUGUGUUUGUGUAAUUUGAAAAAAAUCUUGUAAUGUUAUUAAAAUUCUCAGGAGCAUUGUGAAGUAUUAUAGAUGACUUCCUGGCAAACUUUCUAGAAAGUUGGUUCAAAAGAAAGUCAAUGAAGAAGAUGGUUUAAAUCUCUUGAUAAAAUUUAAUGUUCUAAUUCUAUUCAUGAACUCCUACAUUAUGGUAGUGAUUAUACUGCAAAGAUACUUCCAAUUACAUCUCAAGGCUAUAAAUGGUGCUUUAAAGAUGCAUAUGUAAUCAUUCUGUUUUAUUCCAUUGUAAAUUGACCAUAAUAGAAAUGUGAAAAUUCAAGUCCCUCUGCCAAAAUGUUGAAGGGCUUAAAUGUAGAAGAUUGCAGAUGCUGGAAAUCUGAAAUAAAACUCUUUCAACUGUUAAGAAAGUUAGCAUCUGAAACAGUUAAUCUCUUAGAUCCAUAAGCUUUCAUUUGAUCUCAAAAAAAGUGUUCCGAGUUGCAGAGGAAAUGAAGACAACAGUGGCAAUAUCUGUAGAGGAUGGAGACCAAUGAAAUUGAAUAGCAGAAGUGAAUGUGCUGGUGCUGAUGAAGGCUUGUUAAUCAAAGCUGACCAGUUUGAAAGAGAUGUGCAGGAACAGAAAGGAAGAAAGUGUAAAUGUGAAUUCUGGAAAUAAGCAGUUCAAGCAACAUCUAUAAUGGGGGAUAAACAUGAAGUCUGCUUUAGGGGUUGAUUUCCCCUUUGGAAGUAGACAUUUCUGAUACAAAAGUAGGAAGACUAAUUAAUACUGAAAUUCAUAUUAAGAUUUAGAGUAGAUGAGAUAAUGUUUGAUGAGCUUCUGUUGGAACAGUAUAGGAGGCCAAAGAGUGACAUCUGUGUGAGGAGGGUGGAGAACUAGUGAAGGGCAACUGGUAACUAAGGGUCAUUCCUGAUAGCUGAAUGAAGGCAGUGCUUCCAUCUGUUUUUGAUUUCACUGUUGUAAAUGUGAGUAUUAAAUUCAAUACACUAAAUCGUAACAAACAGAAGUGAAUUGUUGCUCUACUGGGAGGUUUAUUUAGGUUCUUGGGAGGGUAAAUGUAAAAGGGCACGUGUUGUAUCCCCUGAGGUUUGAUGGGCAUUGGAGAUGUGAAAGUUACAGGGAUAAAAAGAGUGAACAAAAAUGCUGAAGGGAGAGAUGUGCCAGGUGCCUUUCAAGUUGAAGGUACUGGAAAUUAUGAAGGGUGAUCCAUUGACUGUAGAGAAUAGUGGAGUGGAGGGUGAGGAUCAGAAGAUCACUACUCUUGGUCCUUCUGCCUAUUACGCCACUGGCGUUUAGGACAGCAAUGAAAGACACCCCAUCUCUAGCAGCAUUCAGAGCUUUCUUUAUCGUGUCAGUAGCUUCUUCUCAGUUUUCACUACAAGUCCCGGGUGGGGACUCGGGAAUACAGUUGCACUCAGAUGAAGAUGGAUUCUUCAUCGCUGCAUCAGGUUUAUUAUGCCUGAACUGAACCUGGAGGAUCAGUGGAGCACUCUUAGUCUGGCCUCUACCCUUUGACCUGUUUGGAAUGGGUGACCCUACCAAGAGCCAAAGCAUGAAGCCCUGACCCCAGCCAGCAUAGCUCUCCAGGUCAUUCUGAAAUUACUGAGUGGAAAAGCCAAAGAGUGCAUAGCUAAUGGGGUAUUUCAAGUAUCGUAACAUUAACCGAAGUAGUAAUGACAUAAGGGGAAAAGUUUACAGAAGAGGGGAAGGAAGUUAAAGUGCAUUCAGAAGUUUCAAUGAAUUUGUUUUUGGCAUUGCUGGAUCUAGUCAUGAUGGAUAAAUUCAGAUUCAGUUUAUUGUCAUUUAGAAACCACAAAUGGAAUGCAGUUAAAAAUUGAGACAAUGUUCCUCAAAAUUGUGUGAAAUGUUGCAAGUAUCAUUAGAAAAUGUUUCAGAAACUGCAACCAUAGUGGCAUAAGAUACAAUUUUGGAAAAACAAAUAUGCACCGCUCUGAGCUAAAACAAAUCAAUUGAAGGAAGGCAAAUCAAUGUGGUGAGGAGAGAUCUGGCCUCAAAACAAAACUUAAAACAGUAAAAUGGUUUUGAGGAGCUUGUUCCAUUGCAAUCUUGAUAUAUUCCAGGAGGAGAAAGAUUAGGAAAUUAAAGCCAGAGUUUGUGGAUAACAAAAGCAGGAAAAGGGGCAAAUGUCAGAUUGAUGAUACAAGUGAGAUUUACAAAAUGGUUAAGAAAUUAAGAUUAAUUAACAGAAAUUUUACCAUAGAGGGUAAAAGAAUCUAAAACAAAAUGUAAGCAAAAAAAUCUAUAAUCAUUUGGUGAUGGGAUAACAAAAUGUCAGGAGAGCUCAAACAGGCAAAAAGGAGACCAACUCAUGGAGCGGGGGGUGAGAAGAAAAUGUUGCUGAAAUCACAAUAAAGGAGGAUAUAGUGCAGAUAAUACAACAGUAAUGAAAUGGAUGGGGGGGGGUGGUCAGCUAAAAAACUAACUGGACUUAAAUACGGUAAAUCAUCUGAAUUUGUAAAGGAUGAAUCCAAUAUUGCUAAAGGCGGUCAGGAUGGAAAUUACAGCAGUAUUAGCCAAAAGUUACAUAUUCAGUAGGAAGCUGAAACUGAUUCUAUAAAACAAAUAAGUAAAAAUUAGUAAAAGAAGUUAAAUUCUCAGACUGUCAUUUUGGUUGAAUGCUCUUCUUCAUUUUUGAGAUGAUCACCUAUUUUGUCCUAAGUGACUACUAUUUAACCAAAUGAGCAGCUUUUGUGACACAAGAUAUAAGACAUGAACAGCAUGUUAUUGUGUGAAGAACAUUUUGUGGUUGAUAUCCAUUUUAAAAUAUGCUGUUUAAAUUGUAAGAUAUUGAGCAAACUGCAUACUCAACUAUGUUCAUUGUGCAGUGUUCUAGCAAAAGUAAGUUGUGGAGAUUGUCAAACAAUGCCACUUGUUAAUGAUAUGGAGAGACCUGUCCUCAUUAUCAGUCCCACACUGGUGUUCUCACAGUCUUGUAAUUCCACAAUCUUGUGUUUCUAGCAAGAAGAGGUGCUAUCAGCAUGGGCAGGAGAUGAGGCUGCAGCCUUGGAUCCUCAAUUCACUGGCAUACCCAAAUGUACUGUCAGUGGCAAUGUUAAUAGUAUGUCAUCUAGAAAAAGGAUUGAAUCCAGCUACAAGAUAUUGAAUAUGUAAUCCAGUUUCAUACUUAAGUGCAAUUUCUUAGGUGAACUGCCAGUCUGUGGGUUUGGGGCUUAGGAAAUUUGAUUAUAUGAAGUUGUUUCAUAAUGUUAAAUAUUGUCUUAAACAUUAAUAAAAUUCUGUGAAUUACAGGGGUGGAUGGUUUAUCCUGCACUUUAUUCUGUAAAUUAGUUUGUGUCCCACCUGGCAUUACAAUUAGUAAUCUGAUUAUUUUGUUUUGCUUUACAGGGUAUCUUACAAUUGUGAUUUUUUUUUCCCCAAAAGGCUUUGAUAAAUAAUCAUUGUUGGUGAAAUGCUAAAUUGUCAAAAAUACUCAAGCACUUUGUGUUACAUCAAAAUUAGCACAUGGCUAUUUCUGUUGUUCUAUCAUGUCUCCAUCUUACCACCCCCAAGCUCUUGCUCCCUCUUUCCUAACGUGUCUUUAAAUUAUGAAUACUGGUAAAAUAAUUUUGGAAACAUAAAAAAAAUUCCUGAAAAGCAAUGACUAGAGAGCAGAUCUGUCCUCAUUCCUUCAUCCUGAGUUAAUUGAGACCUUAUUGAUUACAUUCUGUAUGUCCCUUAUUCAGCAUGAUGACAACAUCAAAUACACAUCCAACUCUUAAUUCCUUGUUGCAUGUAAAAAAGAACUGUAAUUUUCUUUUAAGUACCUUGUCAUUAUACACAAAUCUAUUUGUCAUAUUUUAGAAAGGAUGAGAAGGUCCUGUAGGUGAUGUUUGAGUGGUUUCAGUGUUGAGAUAUCAGCAACAGGUUAGAUGAGAAAUCAAAAUUGCUCAGCUAGGAACACAGAAUUGAAAGGAGACAAAGAGGUACAAGAUUUCAAUUUUGAAGAGGUUGAAGCAAGGGACAAAUGUUUGGGGCUGUAGUUUUUCAAGGAACUGGAGGUGCAAAUUUAAAUGGCAGAGAGACAGAGGAGGUGAGGGAAAACUUUUUUUUUGGCAACAUAGGCAAAAAUCGCUGCCUAUAAAGAUGGAGUCAAAAAAAAUCAGGGACAAAAAGGAACAAAGGUAUAGAUUUGCCUUACAAUUACCAUGCAUAGACUCCAGCACAAUUCAUUGAUCCAAAGAUGGGUCAUCCCUUGCAGUUCCAGCUCAACAUAGUAGUAAAUGUUUUAAUGUUGACUUUCACUACUAGCCAUCAUUGAGGAUUGGGUAGCUGUUGAAGUUGAGUUUUGUUUUCAGGGCCUAAUGCCCUCCUCCUGUUCUGACUUUUUAAAUAAAGCGCUAGCACUUCCACAAUGGGCUCCUGUGUUAUGAAUCUUAAGCUCCGAUCCUGGUGUACUUUGCCUAAAGAUUUCAAGACACUAGCAAAAUUUGCUUCAAGCUGAACCUGUUUGCCUCAACUUGAUCGUAAUAGUAAACGCUUUCUGGCAUGGUUGAGCACAAAAUUGGGUCUUAUAAAUAAUACUGGCGAUUUCACUCCAAGCAUAUUAUAUUUAUUUAUUUAGAUACAGUGCGGAAUAAGCCCUUCAAGCCAUGCCACCCAACAAACCUGAUUUAACUCUAACCCAAUCAUGGGACAACUUACAAUGACCAAUUAACCCACCCAGUACAUCUUUGGAAUGUGGGGGGAAACCGGAGCACUGGGAAAACCCAUACAUUCCACAAGGAGGAUGUACAAACUCCUGACACAGGACACCAGGAUUGAACUUCUGAACUCCAACACCCUGAGCUGCAAUAGCAUCACACUAACCACUUCACUACCGUGGCACCCCAGAGGUGGGGUAACUGAUGGCAGCAUUGACCUUCCUCUACUGCUGGCUCCAUGUCAUUACAGAAGGAAGCCAUUUGGGUCUAUGCUGCCUCUUAGCAGAGCAAUCCCAUCAAUUGCAUGUUCUCCUUCCUUAAGCUGUCCUGGAGUUAGAUGCAGUCUGAGGUGCUACAGGUAGCCCAAAGUUGAUUAAUUUAUAAGCAAAAUACACUAAAAAUAUUUAUGGUAAUCAUCUCCAAAGUGUUGUAAUGAAUGGCAUCUAAAGCACUGAUAAGAAACAAGUAUUUAAAACUGGAAAAGGAGAGAGAGGUACUAGGUCUGCCAUUUCAACACUAUCUCACUACUUUACCUCUUUUUGCACUACUUAUUUAACUUUAUAUAUGUUAUUGAGUACUGAAGAUGGGAUGUUAUGUUGGAGUUGCAUAAGACAUUGGUGAAGCCUAACUUCAAGUAUUGUGUGCAGUUUUGGUCACUGACCUACAGGAAAGAUGCAAAUAAGGUUGAAAGAGUACAGAGAAAAUUUACAAGGAUGUUGCCAGGUCUGGAGGACCUGAGUUAUUUGAAAAGUUUGAAUAGCUUAAGUCUUUAUUCCUUCGUGAUGAGAUUUGAUAGAGGUAUACAAAAUUAUGAGGUGUAUAGAUCGAGUAAAUACAAGCAGGCUUCCACUGAGGGGUGGAACUACAACUAGAGGUCAUGGGUUAAGAGUGCAAGAUGAAAAGUAUGAGGGGAAACAUUGACUCAGAGGGUCAUGGAACAAGCUGCCAUUGCAAUGGUGCACGUGAGCUUGAUAUCGAUGUUUGAGAAGUUUGGAUAUUAGCGGUAUGGAGAACUAUGGUCUCAGUGCAGGUCGAUGGGAGUAGGCAGUUUAAAUAGUUUGGUGUCGACUAGAUGGGCCUGUUUCUGUGCUGUACUUUUCUAUGACUAUAUAUACUUUAACACAGUUUUUAUUAUGUAUUGCAAAGUACUGCUGCUGCAUAACAACAAAAUUCACAACAUAUGCCAGUGGUAUUAAUCUUGAUUCUGAUUUGUUAGCACACCUCCCUCCUGACUUUAAAAUAUCUCAUCAUUGCUUCACCAAUGGAUCAAAAUUCUGCAACUUCAUCUCUAACGGGAUUUGUGUAUACCCGCAUCUCAAGAAUUUCAGUGGUUUUAAAAGUCAGCUCACAACCAGC